AUGGUAUCGGCUCUCCGAGGUAUACUGGUCAAAUGUGACCCGCCGACUAUGGAGAUAGUCCGGCAGAUUAACGAGACACGGCAGUUCAUCAUCGAACAGAUCGACGAGAGCGUGGCGCUCUGCCAGGACAACGUCUUUGACUUUUUAAAGGAGGAGGUAACACGCCGCCUGGAGUUCGCUGAGCGACUCACGCCUGCCGAAUCGAAGCCUGCAGCUACGGAUAGCGAGUGA